AUGAAGGACACAGGAACAAAGUCUAAACCAUCCGAAAAAGGGAUGGAUCGUCUGAUCCAGUUGGUUUCCAAACUCCAAGAUGUUUUCUCGACUGUCGACGCCGCCAGUCAAGAAAUGCAACUACCACAGAUUGUUGUGGUUGGUGAUCAAGUAAGUAUUUUUUAUUUUUUAUCGUUUUUUGUAGUAGAAGUGGUGUAAUUUCAUGUAAUAUCGCGGUGUAGCACCUUAUCAUUGUAGAACAAGGUGAUUCCACAGUUUAUAACUUGCUUUUUUUGGAAAAAUUACGCUCGUUUGGUUUUUUAUACCUAAAAUAAUACAACUAUCUUCAGAGUGCUGGAAAGUCGUCUCUUCUGGAGCGAAUUGUGCGCCGUGACUUCUUGCCUCGUGGUACAGGCAUUGUGACGCGUCAGCCAUUGGUAUUGGACCUGAUCAGAACGCCCAUUGGGGACAGAAGAAGGAAACGCCCCGGUAUGUCUACUAUAAUAUAAAUUAUUGCUUUAGGUGCUCCAGCAGAAGGUGACUUUGCCCUCUUUGAGGGUGUAGAGAAGAUUUAUACCGAUUUCGAUGAAGUUCGCGAGGGGGUUGAAGAGUUGACCCGAAAAACUUGUGGAUCUAAUAAGGUAUUGGCAGUUUCACGACUAAAUUAUUGUAUUUUAGGGAGUUUCGGACAAACGCAUCCAUCUCAGAAUUUAUUCUGAGCAUGUCGUUGAUUUGAGUCUUGUAGACUUGCCUGGGCUAACCCGUGUAGCCGUCGGCGAUCAGCCGGAAGACAUUCCAGAGCAGAUCCGCGGGAUGAUAGAGACCUUCAUUGCUAACGAAAAUACAAUCAUUUUGGCUGUGACUCCGGCUAACGUCGAUUUGGCCACUUCUGAACCUUUGAAGCUGGCAAAACAAUUCGAUCCGAAGGGUGAGAUUGAUUUUUUGUGAUGGAGAAUAUAGCAGACACCCUUUUUUAUUGAAAAGCACCGCUGUGUUAUCUUUAGGAGACCGCACAAUCGCUGUGUUAACCAAAUUGGACCUGAUGGACAAGGGGACCUCUGCCGAACACGUCCUACUUGGUCAUACGAUUCCAGUGAAGCUGGGAAUUGUCGGGGUGGUCAACAGGUCGCAGCAGGAUCUCAACAACAACAAGUCUCUGGAUGCGAUGGAGGACGAUGAGAUCGCGUUUUUCAAGAAGAAAUACCCCCAUCUGGCCGCGGUAAAUGGAAGCAGUUACCUGGCGCAACGCCUUAAUGAGAUUUUGAUUGGACAUAUCAAGAGAUGUCUGCCAGCCUUGGUUGUGAGAAUCCACGACAAGACCGCGGAGAAGAAGAGAAAGCUGAUUGAGCUCGGCGAAAGUUUUUCGGAUCCGAACAAUGCUGUUGUGAAGACGGUUACCCAAUUUACCCAGACUUUCAAUGCACUUUCAUUCGAUGGAUGCGCCGUAAUGGACAAAGAGGACAGAAGCCCUGCGGCAAAAAUUUCAUCUAUUUUCCAUGAUGAGUUUCCCAAAGAGAUUGAUCAAUUGAAUCCAUUGGAGGGAGUCAAAAGAGAUGACGUCGACGCCUUCUUGAGAAACGCUACGGUAAGUUGAGAAAAAAAAGAAAACUAAAAUUGGUAUUGAAGAGAGAUAUUAGCUAAUGAGUGAUGUAAUACGUGAAAUUUGCGGUCUUGAAAUAAAGAAAAUUUAGGUCUCUAGCACGCCACGAAAAAAGUGGAAAUAGAGAAAUUCGCGCGAAAAUGUUUUUGACAUUUUAUACGCUGAAACCUCUACAAAUAUAAAAGAAAACUGAUUCCAAAAUUCGAAUAAAAGAACAAUUUAUGUGUGAAAACGACGGGAAAGCAUCGUAAAAGAUUGGGAUUUGAAGAAGAACUUGGCCUUGACGUCGGAAUUCUUUCCGAAACAUCGAGCUGAGGCGACGUUGCCAACGUGGUGCAAGCUUUCCAGGCCUUGUUCUCUGUAGAGCCCCCACGAACCAUGGGAUGUGACGAAGUCGGCAACGUGGGCUUCAAGGAGGUGCAACUUGUUUAUCGCACGAAGUCCACUGUGUCUCCACGCGUUUGACAGCAGAAGAAUGUCCCGUUCAAUGCAAGGCUUCGUGAGAUCAUCUUGAAUGUGGACAUCAAUUGUUGCCCAAUCAAAAAUCCUGUCCAAAGAUGAAAAAACGUCGCUGAAAACGGCAAAUUGUGGGUUGCCAUUUUCAGCUAAGCUCUUGACCAGCCUCCUUCCAUCUCUGCCGUUGAGCAUAGAUUUGGAGAGAUGGGAGGGUGCUAUGUUGAGGUCAUCGCACACGGCCUUCCAUUCAUCCGGGUUGUCCUUCUUCAUCUCCUCUGCCAAUGAGUUCGUCAACCCCUGGAGGCAAUGUAGUGGGGGACACAGUACAUCUUCCUGCAGAAGACUUAUCAGAGGAUCUCUGUAAGUCCUCUUCCCAGCGUCCGUCGUCAUCGCCCUCUUGUGCUCUGCACGCUCCACGGUGCAGUUGGGACAGAAUUGGGUUGCUCCAGCCGCCUUUAUACCCAGGAUGAAAGGUACCACCUUCAAAUCACUGCAAAGCAAGAGAGAGCUCUAGUAAGGUGAAAAAUGAGAGAUUAUUGAUUUUUUUGCUGUUUGAGAGGAAAAUAGAAUUUUUUGGUCGUUAAAAUUUUUUUGAUAAGUCGUAAUCAUCUUUCGGAUCUGUGCCAAGUGCAAUAUAAAAUUUACAAAGUAAAUGUGUUUCGAGCUUCAUGAUUUUAAGGAACAAUGUUUUGGGGUCAACAAAUUACUGUGACAGAGAACAUAAAAUAUUGUUUAGUCCAUAUGGUCAUGUUUUAUUUUUCAGGGUCUGAAUCCGCAUGUUUUCAUUCCUCCAACUGCCUUUACCUCUCUACUCAGCAAACAAAUCCUCAGAUUGAUCGAGCCCUCUCUGAAUGUUGUCGAUGAAAUAAAGGAAGAACUAAUUGCCACUGUUCGCAGCUGUAAUGUUGGCGUAAGUUAUCAUUAUUGACUUUUAUUAUAGUUUAUUGAAGCACAGGGUGUUUCAAAAAAUUUGGAACAAAUUAUUUGCUUAUAUCUUUGUUGUCUGUGCAGCUAUCAACGAAAUUCUUUUUGCUUCUAAAAAUUGACGUCGUCCGUUUUUAGAAUCUCUUAAAAAAAAUUUUUUUCGUCGGCGGAGGGCCCAUUUCUCGGCGGACAAAAUUAGGGCCUUUUUUAAAAAUCACAUCGUAUUACGUGGCGGAAACGCCGUUGCAACGGCUGAAAUCAAGUUUACGUUAAACCUCCGUUGAUUUUACGGUAUGUUUUUUUUGCGUUUUCGAUUUACCGCGGAGGCGCGGCGGAGACCUCAGAUUUCGGCGGACGUUGUUUUGGGCCUUCGGCUUUUGCAAAUUCAUGUUGGAAAAGAGGUUGGGGCGAUUUUUUGUAUUCAUCGGUGCACAGAUGGCAAAAUUUUCGUACUUUCUUUCCCCGGCGGAGGCUUUAUCAGAGGGUCAAAACGAAACUCCGCCGAUUUGUCCGCCGGAAAGAAAGUACGAAAUUUUUGCCAUCUGUGCAUCGAUGAAUACAAAAAAUCGCCCCAACCUCUUUUCCAACAUGAAUUUGCAAAAGCCGAAUGCCCAAAACAACGUCCGCCGAAAUCUGAGGUCUCCGCCGCGCCUCCGCGGAUGUGCGUAAAAUCGAAAACGCAAAAAAGCAUACCGUAAAAUCAACGGAGGUUUAACAUAAACUUGAUUUCAGCCGCUGCAACGGCGCGCCGCGGCGGCGUUUCCGCCACGUAAUACGAUGUGAUUUUAAGAAAAGGCCCUAAUUAUCCCCGCCGAGAAAUGGGCCCUCCGCCGACGAAAAAAUUUUUUUGGCUUCGUGGAAACUGGACAGAGUGAAAUUGGACAGAAAUAAUUUGGACAGAGCGUGGAAAUUGGACAGAGUGAAACUCGACAGAUUUUUUUUCACUGCAAAAAAUAAUUAUUUGAUGAUUCAAUAUUGACAUUUCGUACGAUUGCAGCGAAAAUCUGUCCAAUUUCACUCUGUCCAAUUUCACUCUGUCCAAUUUCACCCUGUCCAAUUUCCACGCUCUGUCCAAAUUAUUUCUGUCCAAUUUCACUCUGUCGAAUUUCACUCUGUCCAAUUUCCACGAAGCCAUUUUUUUUAGAGAUUCUAAAAACGCACGACGUCAAUUUUUAGAAGCAAAAAGAAAUUCGUUGAUCGCAAAUUAUUUGUUCCAAAUUUCUUGAAACACCCUGUAUAUGCGAAAAAGAAUAUAGUUCAAUUUGUUUUUAGGGUAUAUAUGAUCGUUUCCCGAUGCUCCAAACCAGAAUCCAGGUCAUUGUAGAGGAUGAGUUGGAGCAGCAGGUUGAGGAGACCAAAAAGUUGAUCACAAAUUACAUUGAAUCGGAAGCAGCUUACGUUAGUACGAGACAUCCUACAUUUGAUCAGUUCUACAAGAAGCUCUACAGGAAGGAAUUUGAGGUAGGUUGUCUAAAUAGUGAUUUUUUAUGAAUCUAUGACUUGGUGAAUGUGAUUUUUUGUAGAAGAAGAAUCCAGAAGCCGCAAAAGAAGACCAUGAGCCAAGACCGUGUGGCCAUCCUCUAUUAUUAUCGUCGGAAGAUGCACAUCAGAAUGAAAAUAGAAGAAAAAGGAAAUUUCAUGAUCUAGAUGAUUCAGAUGACGGGAAUAAUGGAGAGUAUGAUGGGGACAAAAGGAAUGUUAGGUUGAUCAGUAAGUAAUUUAUGAUUUUUUGAUUCUUGUUUUAGGAAAAUUGGUCCCCGCUUACUUCGAUACGGUCAAGAGUAACAUCAAAGACGCUAUUCCCAAGCUGGUUGUCAAGAAUAUGGUCAGGUACUUGCAUGAGAAUCUGAUGCCAGUCUUGCUGACAAAGUUAUUGGAAGAAGUUGAAGAGCUCUUCAAGGAGGAUCAACGCACUAUCGCUGAAAGAAACCAUUGCCUGAAGUUGUUGGAAGCCCUCAAGAAAGCCGAGAAGUGUAUUAGAGAGAUCGGCCAAGUAUACUAA